AUGUCCGUGUGUGUGGUGGGCAAGAACAAGGCUGCCUUCAUGGACGCGUGCGCCAACGCCGGCGGUCUGGGAAUGAAGCUCACGGACUCGCUCGAUGGAGCUGCUGGCGUCAUCGUGGUGUGCGAUCUCGUGGAGGGCAUCACUAUCGAAGAGGAGACCGAAUUGCGGCGGGCGCUCCAAGCCGGAGCCCGGGCCGCCAUCUUCGUGGACAACUUGGACAAGGCGAUGGAGAAGACUGAUCCCGAAGGUGUCUACCAGGCGUGUGCCCGGGCCAUCGACAACGUGAACGUGAUCCUCUGCAUGUAUUGCAGUCCUAGCACCGGAGAUCUUCAGGUCUAUCCUAACUUCAAGGGCGGAGUGGCGUUCGGCAGUGCUUCGCAGGGUUGGGGCUUCACGGUGCGCCACUUCGGCAAGAUGUACGCCAAGAAGAUGGGCGUGAAUGAGAAGUCGCUGUGCGACAGACUCUGGGGCGACAACUUCUUCUGGGCCGAAAAUAAGAGAUGGGUAGUUGAAGCGUCUCCACGCGGUGUGAGCCGCCCGUUGCCAAGGGCAUUCUGCCAGUUCAUCAUGUAUCCCAUAGUCCAGCUCUCGCAGGCCAUCCUGACCAACAACUCCAGGUAUGAGCAGAUGCUGACAGCCAUGAACAUCUCCUUGAGUACGAGUGAUCAAGGGCUCACUGGUCAGGCUCUCUUGACUCGAGUCAUGCAGACUUGGAUGGCCAACGAUCAUCUCAGCCUGCUUCUCGCUCCUUGA